CAAUUCAAAUCUGAAGUUGUAAUUGCUUGUUUGUAAGCAUAUAACCUAUUAUUUAUUAGUUACUUAGUUAGUAGUUACCUAUAAUGAAUGAAACAUCUUGUAUGAUAAUUAUUGUAUUGGUGGCUCAGUGAGUGAGUACCUGUACCAGAAACAAGCACACCAUGCCACGGGAACAAAAUAUGGAUUACCAAAAAUAUGCAUUUGAGUACGAUCCCGUAAAAGUAGGAUCUAUAGACGGUACAGAUACUGAGCCCCAUGAUCGUGCAAUAGUACGGGCUUUGCACUCUGAAUACUCUCCUAAUAAGCUAGUGAAGGGGAAUCCUAGCAAUACACUAUUCAUCGGCAGACUUAACCCUAGGACUACUGAAGAUAUACUGACAUCUGAGUUUAAUAAAUUUGGCAGAAUACUUAAGUGUCGUGUUGUGAGAGACAUAGUUACUGGCAAGUCAAAGCAAUAUGCUUUCAUUGAAUAUGAGAGUGUAGGAAGUGUGGAGAGGGCUCUAAAGGAGUUGCAGAAGGAGUACCUCGAUGGUUCAGAAAUGAUUUUGGAACGUGAAGCAGAACGCCGGUUGCCUGGAUGGCGGCCACGGCGAUUAGGGGGUGGCUUCGGUGGACGAAAAGAGUCUGGUCAACUUAGGUUUGGAUGUCAAGACAGGCCCUUCAGAAAACCUAUCACAAUCAUACAAAAGAUCAAUAACAAACCAGACAGGAGGUAGCAACAAUGUAUGAUUUAAUAUA